AUGUCGUUCACAUCAAGUACGGCCUCCUCGCCAUCUUCUUCUCCCCGAAGCAUGCCCAUGCUCAUACGAUCAACGUCUGCCGACACUUUUCAACGCAGCAGCAGCAUCAACGCAAUGUAUCAGCACGACUUUGCAAGCAGCACGCUUAACAAGCGUAGCUAUGCGAAGACAAACUCUUACAUAUCUGACGAGGAUCUCUUCGGCGAUGGCUAUCUAUCAGAGGCACCAGAGCCACCACGACCCGCCGAGGCAUAUUUGGCACAGCCCUUGUUGCCACCAGUAACGAAGACCCGUCGAACAAGCUCUUCUCACAGCAAAAGCAAAGCUAGUAGAGCACACAAAGUCACCUUCAAGACAUGA